AUGGAGUUCGAUACCAAGACACCCAAAUCAGUCACCAGCGACCCCACGUCCUUUGCAAGCGACUCGGUCCGCCAGCGAUGGCCCGUUAUUUUGACUGGUGCCGUUGACGACGUCUAUCGCGCCAUCUCCAAGACGGACGACCCCGAGAAGCAAACCGAGGGCAAGAAGAUUGUCGAGCAGCUCGGCGCUCUCAAGUACGAGGUUCAGCAUGACCGCAAGCUCUCUCCCAUCGAAGUCGACGAUGGCUACCCCGAGGAGAUUGCCGCAUACAACAAGGAGAUCCAGGACCUCGGGAAUCCCAGCUGGCUGGACGUCCCUUGGCUUUUCUCGGAGUGCUACAUGUAUAGGCGCAUCAGCACAUUCUUCACGCUCACCAAGCACUGGAAGAACUACGACAUCUUUGCUCGGCAAAAGAUUGACACUUUCCGCACGUCACGCAACGCAGUGCUGGAGCUGGCCUCGCGCUACAAGGAACUGAUUGAGCAGAUCCAGGCCAACAAGAAUUCCACACACGAUGAGGAGGCUGAGAAGCUCCUGUUUACGGAGUUUUUCGAGAUCUGUCUGUGGGGCAACGCCACAGACUUGUCCCUUCUCACCAACCUCACGUACGAGGACAUCCAGAAGUUGCAGGGCAGCGCGGCUCGUAAGGCCGCCGAGAAGAACAUUCUUAUCAAUGACCUGCCGGCAUCGUAUGAGAUCCUCAAAAAGGCUCGUGCCGAAGGCCAGAAGGAACGCCGCGUCGACUUUGUCCUUGACAACGCCGGCUUCGAGCUCUACGUCGACCUCGUCCUCGCUGGCUUCCUACUCGCGUCAGGACUGGCCACACAGAUUGUCCUGCGACCCAAGUCAAUGCCGUGGUUCGUCUCGGACGUCUUGCCAGGCGACUUCUCGGCUCUCCUGAACGCCAUUUCCCAGCCAAAGGCAUUCUUCGAGACACAAUCCGAGGACGAAAAGCUUCAGGGCAAGGUCCCUGAGCCCCUGUCGGAGAAGGAGGCCGAAGACCUCUCCUUCGUCUUCCAAGACUGGGCGACCCGACAGGCCGAGGGCCAGCUGGUCAUGCGUCCCAACCGAUAUUGGACUGCCGGUGGCAGCUUCUGGCGGCUUCCCCACGAGGCACCCGAGCUGCAUGACGAUCUCAAGGGGGCCGAGCUUGUCAUCUUCAAGGGAGACCUCAACUAUCGCAAGCUUACAGGCGAUGCUCACUGGGACCCCACCACACGGUUCCAACAAGCGCUUGGACCCAUGGGCAAGGGCUCAAGCGUCAAUGUCCUGUCUUUGCGCACCUGCAAGGCCGAUGUUGUUGUUGGCCUGCCCGCGGGCAAGGAUGAGGAGCUCAGGAAGACUGAGGGUGGUGGCGGCGACACCGGCGCCAGGCGAUGGGCAUGGCACGGAAAGUGGGCCGUGGUCUGCCUUUCCCAGGGCGAAUAG